AUGAUCGCCAAGCUAAAAAGAAGAGACGAAGACUUUACCGUCCAGACCCAGACGGAAAUUGAACAUCAAAUUUUGAUCACAUUAAUGAAGCUGAAAUUAAAUCUGUUAUUGGAAGAUCUAGCAAUAUGAUUUAGUAUGUCUGUUAGUCAAGUGAGUAAAAUAAUAUCUUUUUGGAUUGAUGUAAUGGCUCAAGUGCUGAAGGAUCUGAUAACAUGGCUCCCUAGAGAGACUAUCAGAGCCACAAUACCAGAAGCAUUCAAAUGCAGCUACCCCAAUGUCACCUGCAUUCUAGACUGCGGCAAAAGUGAAAUUCAAAAACCAAAGAAUCUGGAUUCAAGGUCUGAAUCAUACAGCAACUACUAUUCCCGAAAUACCAUGAAAUAUUUAGUUGCAGUUGCACCAUGUGGUCUUGUAAUGUUUAUUUCAGCAGCAUAUGGAGGACGCUGUAGCGAUAAGUUCAUCACCUGUGACUCAGGGAUCCUUGAUUACCUCAGACCAGGGGAUGAAGUGAUGGUGGAUCGUGGAUUUAUGAUAAGAGACCUGCUGUUUGAGAGAAAGGUGAACCUGGUAAUUCCUUACCUUACCACCAAAGGAGCACAGCUGACAGAGGUGAAGGUGACACGCAGUCGCAGGAUUGCUAACGUAUGGAUACAUGUAGAACGUGCAAUUAGGAGGCUAAAAGUGUAUAAGGUGUUGUCACAAACCUUUCCAAUUAGUCUUACACCAAAAGCAGACAAGAUCCUGAGAAUAUGUGCAGCUCUAGUUAAUCUGCACGGUGACCUUAUCCGUGACACUGUCGAGUGA